ACCCCGCCGACAGAAUCUCGACCUCCGAUCAUCCAGAGACGACAUUGGAUGCGAGAAAUCAGGACAUUUUGGGGUUUUAACGUCUUCAUAUUCCGCGGCCUCGGUCCUCUCCAUGCGACCGGCGCUGUUUAAACCAUGUGGCAGGCGUCGCGGCUGUCCUGGGCGUUGCGUGGACCUCGACCGGUUACUCGGCAGACCUGUCGAGGAUUGCUGACGAAGGCGUGGGCGAAGGGGCCGUCAGAGCCACCGCUCCUCGAGCAAACCGUAGGCGAGCAAUUCGCUUCGGUGGUUAGACAGCAUGGAGAUCGCCCGGCGGUUAUAUCCCAUCAUCAAAGAGCUAGAGUCACGUACGAUCAACUCGACCGAGACAGCAACGCGCUGGCGCUUGGUCUCAUAAAACAGGGCGUGAAAAAGGGGGAUCGAAUCGCCGUGAGUCUUGGGAAUAAUGUCGAAUUCGCCACGGCAACAUAUGCCGCCUUUAAACUCGGCGCAAUCCUGGUCCCGUUAAACCCGGGCUUCAAUUCUCCCCAAGUCAUAUCCGCACUGAAUCAUCUGGAAGCGUCCCACCUGAUCAUAGGGGCAGAGACCAAUCUCCCCCGGAAAGAGCCACGAUCCAACGUUCCGCUGCUUCGUGAACUGAUCCCGAAUCUCGAAGGCACCAGGCUACAGUCCGAGAUCGUCCCAUCGUUAAAAGGCCUAGUAUUAGUGAACAACUCUGACGGCCGGAUCGAUACCUCGGUCUUUAAAGCAGGGAUUUCCUAUCCGCAGGUGGUUGAAGAAGGGAUGUUAGGGCGUGCUCUACCUGAUCAGGGGCUCCAUCCUGACGAUAUUGUUAACAUCCAGUUUACGUCCGGGACGACAUCGAUGCCAAAGGCUGCGUGUCUGAGUCAUCGGAGCAUCCUCAACAACGGGAAUAGCAUCGGAGACCGCAUGCUCUUGACCGAAAAGGACGUCGUCUGCUGCCCACCACCACUAUUUCACUGUUUCGGCUGCAUCCUCGGCUACAUGGCCACCGCCACCCACGGCAGCGCCAUCGUCUUCCCCGCCGAAACCUUCCACCCCCUCGCCACCCUCCAAUGCCUCUCCGCCUACGACUGCACCGCCCUCUACGGCGUCCCCACCAUGUUCGUCGCCGAAUUCGAGCUCCUUGCCGCCAACCCCUCCCUCCUCCCCCCCGGCGGCUUUUCCUCCCUCCGCACCGGCAUCGCCGCCGGCAGCUCCAUCCCCGCCGAGAUGAUGCGCAAGCUCCACCGCGUCCUCAACCUCACUGAGCUGACCAUCUGCUACGGCAUGACGGAAACCAGCCCCGUCAGCUGCAUGACCACGACCGACGACCCGAUCGCGAAGCGCAUCGACACCGUAGGCCGACUGCUCCCGCACGUGGAAGCGAAGAUCGUCGAUCCACGCGAUUGGACUCGCGCGCUCGACGUCGGGGAGCGCGGAGAACUCGCUGUGUGCGGAUAUAACGUAAUGACAGGGUACUGGGGCGACGCGGCGCGGACGGCGGAAGUGCUGGUGGUGGACGAGGAGGGGCGGCGGUGGAUGCACACGGGGGACGAAGGGGAGAUGGACGCGGAGGGGUACGUGCGGAUCACGGGGCGGAUCAAGGAUCUGAUCAUCAAGGGGGGGGAGAACAUUCAUCCGCUGGAGGUGGAGAAUUGCCUGUUUGCGCAUGCGGCGGUGGCGGAGGUGGCGGUAGUAGGGUUGCCGGAUGAGCGGUAUGGGGAGGUGGUGGCGGCGUUUGUAGUGAGGCAUGAGGGGGCGGCGGUCAGCGCAGACGAGGUACGGGAGUGGGUGAAGGAGAGGCUCAGUCAUCAUUUGGUCCCGAAAUUUGUCUUUUGGGUGGACACCUAUCCGAAGACGGCGUCGGGAAAGAUUCAGAAGUUCAAGCUGCGGGAGAUAGGUGUCGAUCUGCUCGAAAAGGGCCAAGGGUUGGAGUAGGAGACACCAUACGGAGUACGAACUGUAAAUAUCGACGUGCAUUAUGAAUUGUGUGCAUGUAUCUAUAAAGAACCCAGUGUCAAUGCUACCUAGUUGGGUAUACCCGCAAUAAACUCCAUGCCUCCCACUGUCUGAAACAAAUGUAUGUAUACCAUAAA